AUGGCGCGGCUGAUCGACCUGAGCGAGGAAGAAGACAUCGAGGCCCCAGUUGAUGCGGGUGGCGAAGUAGCCGACCAAGCGGACAGCGAUGAUGUGCCAGGUCCUAACAUUGGAUGCUUCUCGGCAGCACUGACCUGCUAUCCCAACGAUAUUACAAGCAGUAAGACUUUGGCCCGUGGUCCUUGUACUUGCGCCACCGAAGUCUGGAUAUGCCAACCUUGUGGGAAUACUCUGCGAACCAAGGACAUUACAUACACUCGUGGAUGGGCGUGGCGAAACCGAUACAAGACCUGUGGUGGCUUCGGUGCUGGCCUAGGCGAAGGUAACGAAGGGGUAGAGUGUGGCCGAGGCAAGGAUUGUCAUGCGGUGCAAGAAGUCUACCAUGAAAUCGAGUGCGACGUAGACGAACUCGCAGCGCUCGAUCUUGAACCGACACAGGCUGAGGUUGAUGGCAGACACUGGGAAGGCAGCAGCUAUCUGACCCAGGAGGUGGUAGGUAUUGGUGGCGCAGUGAAGAAGAAGAUCAAGAAACGGGUUCUCGUCGGUGCAGCAGUCAAGGAGUAUGAGGACGAACGUGAACAUGGCACUUAUCUGGCACGAGAACAGAAGGGUCUCAAUCGAAGCUAUUGUUCGUGGUGCGAACGUGUUCUGCCAGGAAAGAAAGACAUGGAAGAUCCGGGUCGUAGUAGCGACAGUGUGGUGACAUCGAGCUCAUCAGACGCAGUAUGA